AUGGCACACGUUGACGAUGUGGCGAGUGGGGAGUACUCAACGACUUGCGCUGAAACAUUGCAAUCCAUUGCCCACCAGAAUCCACCUGCCAUUGUUUCCGCGAUCGUAGAUUUCUCGACGAUGCCAUAG